AUGAGAGCUAAAAUAGAAGACCAUGCUGCAAUUAUCAACAAAGACGAGGAAAAUGAAAUGGACAUUUUUGGCUAUAGAUUAAGCCCUCCUUGGAUUAUAUUAUGUGUAAUUGGAUACAUCUUGUCUGGUGGAAUUCUUCUUCUUUUGUUUUAUUGGAAGCCAGAAUGGAGUGUCUGGUCCAACUGUGUGCAAUCAUCUUUAGAAAAAGCCAAUGUUGUUUUACUUAGAACCACAGAUGAACAAAAGAAAUAUACUAGAAAAAAGGUACGGUGGAUUACUGUGUCUGCUUUUAAAGAUUAUCUUUCUGAUGACCUCAUCACAGACAAAAAUUCUAUUGUAAACAGAGCAAUUCGAAAGCCUGCUAUGAAAGUAAAAUUUAUUCGAGUACAAAAAAUUCGAUAUGUGUGGGACUAUUGUAAGAAAGAGUUUAAAAAAAUUGGGGCAUUAGAGGAAGAACACACUUGCCAUGAUAUACAUUCAAAGUAUGGAUCUGGUCUGUCAAAAGAUGAGCAGGAUAUUAGGAGAUUAGUAUGUGGUCCAAAUACUAUUGAAGUUGAGGUUGCUCCUCUCUGGAAAAUACUUAUUAACAAGGUGUUUAAUCUGUUCUAUUUGUAUCAGUUCUUCACCGUUGCCCUUUGGUUGGCAGAAGGUUACCUGGGUUAUGCAAUUGCAAUCCUUCUAUUGUGCGUCUGUACUAUAACCUUAUCACUCAUGGAACUCAGAAAGCAAGCUGUAAAGCUCAGUAAUUUGGUGAAAACACACAAUGAAAUGAAGGUGACUGUGUGUCGCAGGGGCAAUGAUUGCAGUCAGGUGGAGUCUCAUCAUUUGGUUCCAGGAGAUAUUAUUGUUUUAUCUGGCAAAAACUUUUCCAUGUCAUGUGAUGCUCUAUUAAUCAACGGGACCUGCAUUGUUAAUGAGGGAAUGUUAACAGGUGAAUGCAUUCCAGUGACAAAAACGCAGUUACCACAUGCAGAUGACACAAUGCCAUGGAACCAGUUCAGUGGGGAAGAUUACAAACGACACAUUCUGUUCUGUGGAACAGAAGUUAUUAGAACAGAGUCAACUUUUCAAGUACCAACCAAAGCUGUAGUAUUAAGAACUGGUUUCAACACAACUAAAGGGGAUAUGGUAAGAUCCAUACUGUAUCCCAAGCCACUGAACUUCAAACUGCACAGAGAUGUAAAGUGGUUUUUCAUAAUUCUUUUCAUUCUUGCUGUCAUUGGGAUCCUUUAUACAAUAAUUAUAUUUGCACUGAGAAAGGUUUCAGCUGGAAGAAUCAUAAUUGAGUCCCUGGUACUUUUGACUUCAGCAAUUUGCCCUAUUAUACCAGCUGCUCUGACAGUGGGGAUACUUUAUGGCCAAAGCAGACUAAAGAAAAAAGGAAUAUUUUGUAUCAGCCCAGACCGAAUCAACAUGUGCGGCCAACUGAACCUCUUUUGCUUUGACAAAACUGGGACACUAACAGAAGAUGGACUUGAUCUAAUGGGUAUUAUCCCAUCAGGAGGCAAAUGUUUCCAGAAACUGCUUAAACAGCACAAAGAUAAAAAGUUAACCUGGGGACCCUUAUUUGGUGCAAUGACAAGCUGUCACUCCCUCAUAAUGAUUGAUGGACAUUUACAGGGUGACCCUCUGGACCUUAAAAUGUUUGAAGCCACUGACUGGAUCCUAGAAGAUUCCAGUUUGAAUGAACAAAAUGAUAGCUCCCCAAAAAACAUGAUUCUUAGACCAGGUCCAAAUUCAAGUAUGAAAUCAAUGGAGGGAAUCAAUGUUUUGUUCCAAUAUCCAUUUUCCUCAGCCUUGCAGAGGAUGUCGGUUAUCACAGAGGUGAUUGGAGAGGAUGAGUUGGUUGUUUACAUGAAGGGAGCCCCAGAGAUGGUAGCAAGUUUUUGCAAACCAGAAACAGUUCCUAGUGAGUUUGUAGAUGUUCUCGAACAAUACACAUUUCAGGGUUUACGAGUUAUUGGAGUGGCAUACAAAAUCCUCCAAAAUGGAAAUCGUGAUGACCUGGAAAGCAUAGAAAGGGAUGAAGUUGAAUCUGACUUGGAUUUUAUUGGUUUGCUGAUAUUGGAAAAUCGUCUGAAGCCAGAGACAAAACCAAUCUUGGAAGAACUGAAUGCUGCCAAAAUAAGAACUGUUAUGAUCACUGGAGACAAUAUUCAAACAGCAACUACAGUAGCAAAAAACUGUGGCAUGAUUCCAGAAGGUAGUCAAGUAAUCCUUGUUGAAGCUAAUGGACCAGAAGGCUCGUCUCCAGCAUCUGUUACCUGGAACCUUAUGGAAUAUCCAGAGGAUGACAUAGAAGUACUUCAGGAUGCUGUAAUCAAAGUUGAAAAUAUAGUGAGCACCAAUGAUAAACUCAACAUGUAUCAUUUUUCAAUGAGUGGAAAGACCUAUGAAAAUCUGGAGAAACACUUCAGUGAUUUGCUGCCAAAAAUAUUAAUGAACGGAACUGUUUUUGCAAGAAUGUCUCCCGGACAGAAAUCUGCUAUUAUAGAUGAAUUUAGAAAACUAGAUUACUAUGUGGGAAUGUGUGGAGAUGGAGCCAAUGAUUGUGCAGCUUUGAAAAUGGCUAAUGCUGGGAUUUCAUUAUCAGAACAAGAGGCAUCAGUUGCUGCACCUUUUAACUCAAUAAUUACAAACAUUCAAUGCGUUCCAGAACUACUCAAAGAAGGCCGAGCUGCACUUGUCACAUCAUUCUGCAUGUUUAAGUUCAUGUCUUUGUUCGGAUUGAUAGAAUAUAUCAACACAUUACUGCUCUACUGGCAACGGAACAUCUUUGGGAAUAAUCAAUUUCUUGUCCAUGACUUUGCCAUAAUGUUUGUCAUUUUCUUAACAAUGAGUUCUACUCCUGCAUAUCCCAAACUAGCACCAUACCGACCACCAGGGCAACUGAUUUCCCCGUCUAUGUUGUUAUCAAUGAUCUACCAUGUUCUUUUCACAAUAGCCAUGCAGACAUAUGCUUUUCUAAUAGUACAGAAUCAGAUAUGGUACAGCAACAAAGAUGUAUACAGUGCCUGUUAUCCUGGAAAUGAAACCUUGAACCAGGAAUUGACGUACUUGUUCAUUGAAAAAAGGACUAAGAAAAACUAUGAGAGUUUUGAGAACACAACUUUGUAUCUGCUGACAGCUGUUCACUUUGUGAUUCUAGCUUUUGUGCUCUCUAAAGGAAAACCUUUUCGACUGCCUAUAUAUAAAAACUAUAUAUUUAUAGCUGUUCUGAUGAUUGAAGUUGCUCUCACGCUGUUCUUCAUAUUUGCUGAUAUAAAGAAUUUAUAUGUUGUUUUGGAACUUGUCUGCACACCAACUAGUUGGAGAGUACAUAUGAUUGUGAUCCUGGCUAUAUGCCUGGUGGUAUCAUUCAUAGUAGAGGAGUAUAUAUUAGAUAACAGAGCUCUCUGGCUGGCUUUGAAGAGAUGCCUAAAAUGUAAACCCAGUAGCAACUAUAAAAAGAUGCGGGCAAUAUUGGAGAAGGAUUCAGGAUGGCCACCCCUUCAAAAGACUGUGUAUGGAAACAGCAUGUUGCCUAAUGGACAUACCAAUGAAUAUUGUAAUCUAGCUUAUGAGCAUGAAGAGACUUUAUCAAAUGGAAAACAAGCAAUACAAAGGGUUAAGCAAAAUUAG